AUGCCACCAAAGAAAGAUGCAUUUGCUGAUCUAUUUCAAUCAGCAAGUAGUACCAAGAACAAUGGUGUCAAUUCGCGACUCAAUAAAUUAUCAUUGUCUGAACGUCAAAAGUUGGAGCAACAACAGCAACAACAACAGAAGCAGAACACUCAAUCAUUGAAUUCAAGUUGGUCCAAUUUGGAUAUCUUGUCACCCCAACAGACCAUAAACAAUGGAUCCCAAGUGUCAAGUGUCCGACUGUCGAAUCCUACUAGUACUAUAGGAUCGGUAUCCAAUACUCCGACGGCUGCCCAAGGUGAUGACGAUCCAUUUGCCAUCUUUACCAAGCCUAGCAAUGGUAAGGUAAAUACUUCCACAAUCAAUACUGUGAGUACCCAACCGAGCGUUGCCAAACCUCAAGGAAUGUCGUUGCUAGAUGAUGAUUUUACAGACUUGUUUCCUGAACAAAAGCAACAACAGAAGCAACAAAACCAGCCAGUGGAGACAGAUAAACCACCUAUACCAGAAGCAAUACGAACUAAAUCAGAUGUGUCCUAUACUAGCGCCAAUAGAACUAAUGCAUCUACUCCUAGGUCUACAAAUGGGGAUGCAUCAUCCAAAGAUCAUACAAUUGCUGAGCUUAUUGAUAUAGGUUUCACUAUUGAGGAUGCCAACGAUGCAAUUGCUCAUUCAGGUACUGACUUACAAAAAUGUGUCAACUACAUCAUGAAAAAAAAUACAUCACAAACACAAUCAAGGACCAACUCCAGACCCAGUGAAUUUGAUGAAAGUGACGAUUCCAUCCUCGGUAAACGUCCAGAUUCAAUUGAUUUCAAUGAACUAGGCAACAACUUAUUCCAAAAAGCAAAUACAUUUAUCAAUUUCUCCAAAAGAAAAGUGAUGGAAAAUAUUGAACAUUUAAACCAAGGAGGUUCACCAUUUGAUUUAGGACGGAAUUCCAAAAAUGGGUCGCAAUCACCAAAUCUUCCUGAAUGGAUGAGAAAUCAAGCGAAAUAUAAAUCACAAGCUUAUGAAAAGAAAUUUGGUGGUGAAGAUUAUGGAGAAGAUGAAGAUAAUAUCAAUCAGGAGGAAAUUGAUAGGUUUAUGCGUACUCAAAAGGAAAAAGAGAGACAGAGGUUGAGACAGAGAUUUGAACAGAAACAAAGUGGUGUAGAUAGUGGGGAAGAGAAUGGAAUGAGACGCGAUAGCGCGUCUCCUUCAGGUGUUUCGUCGAAGAGUUCUAUCUCGAAAGAGUCUUCACCAGCUCCUGCAAAACCACCAAGACCUACAGUUAGGAAUAGUGCUGGAGUUUGUGUACCACAAAAGCCGGUCUCUUCUGUAAGUCAAAACCAAAAGUCACCAGUAGUGAAUUCCCCAAUCAAAAAGGAAGCAACUCCAGUUGAGGAAGUUGAUUUGUUAGGUAUAUCAUCCACUUCAGGACCACAACAAACUGCAUCUUCCUCUACACCAUCCAACUUACGUGAUACUAGUCCAUUAAAUCAAUUUAUUGAAACUGAUUACAUUAUACAUAAAACCAAAGCCACCGAAGCUUUCAAGACAGGGGAUUAUACAACUGCAUUGGAAUCAUACAAUAAAUGUCUUUCAACUUUACCACCAAAACAUGAAUUACGAGUAGUUAUGAAUUCUAAUUUAGCAUUGACUAAUAAACUACAGGGGCAUUUGAAACAGAGUUUGGAAAAUGUUGAACAAGCUUUACUGUUGAUGCAAUUGGAUGAAUGUGAAAGUAACCAAGUUCCACAAUUAGCGGGCAAGUCAGUUAAAUAUUGGUAUUUGAAAGUGAUGAUUGUUAAAGCAGAGGUAUUGGAAUUAUUAGAAAAAUAUGAGUUGGCAUUGGAAAGUUAUAAUUUGUUGAUGCAAAAGUUGGGAUGUAUGGAUAAAAAAGUUAUGGAUGGGAAAAGAAGGGUUGAUAGGAUAGUUAAUCCUGAUAAUUAUAAACCAAAACCAACUGCAUCUAAGUCAACCAGCAAAAGAGCAACUCCAAAACCGGUCUUAACUUCAACUCCAACUCCCACAACAAAGCCAAAGCCAAAGCCAAAACCUACUGAAGUAGAGCUAGAUCCAUUAGUAGUUGAUGAAAUCAAUAAUUCAAUAACUCAAUGGUCCCAACAAAAAAACAAUGAUUUACGACAAAUGUUAAUAAAUUUGCAGACACUAAUCCCACCCGGAUCAAUCAAGAUCAAUCCAAAGCUAUUAACAUUAUCAUUAAAUGAUUUAGUAUUACCAAAACAAGUUAAAUUGAAUUAUAUGAAGGUGAUCAGUUCUAUACAUCCUGAUAAAUUAGCUAGUCAAUUAUCAGGACAACUGGAGAAGGAUAAACGGAUUCAGUUGAUUUGUAAUGGAGUGUUUAUAUUAUUGAACGAACGGUGGGAAGUGUUUAGAAAGGAAGAAAAUAUAUAG